AUGGCAUUGUCAGAGGCACUAGGUGAAGUGGGAAAGACAGCUCAGGCUAUUGGUGGCCAGGCUCUCCAUGCCGGCAUUUCAGGCAGUAGCGGUGGUAACUUUUCAAUUACUAUCGGCAGUAAUAGUGCUCAAGUGGUAAGAGAUGUAUGCAUUACUGCAGUAACAUUGAGUACUAUUUACGCUGGAUAUAAGUUGAUAGCAAAAGCAAUCGAUGGCGCUGUUACUAAAGGUCUCGGUGGUGAGCGGGAAGAUCAAGAAAUUCGGGAAAUUAAACCAGGCUCUCUACAUGUCUUGCUACAUUGUUUUACUGACCAGAGAUUUCUGGAAAUUUUGGACGAAUAUGAAUGUGGAAGAAUGAAAGAACGCUUGAAAGAAGAGUUUUUGGAAAUUGGAAUUAAAAUGGAAGGAUUGAAAGUUGAGGUGGAUAAUAUCGAAGAAGUGAUGACACGUAAAGAAAUGAUCUACGAAAGGUUGAGUUGCAUUACUUGCAUAUGUCGUUUGCAUGGCUGUUUUUAAACAAACAUGAGACCAAGGGGACUCCCUCGAGCAUUUGAAGUUAAUGCAAAGUAACCGUAUUUGAGUGUUUAUUUUUCUUAUGAAUAUAUAGUUUAAACUCCAAGAAGAAUGAAGAAAAUGAAAUGGAAAGUGUUGGUGAAAAUGCUGAAAAGAACGGAAUAGAUGAAAAACAAGAGGCAAAUGAGGUAAAUUUUUCAUUCUACCCAUUGAUCAUGAUUCUACCCUAAUCUUUGUGUUAAUGAUGAAGUGCAUUAGUGUAUUCCGGGGGGAGCGGUCGCUAUAUUGUCUUCCCACAAGAAUCUUUCUUAUUAAAUAUCACGCGCAUAAUGAGUUAUAAGUCGCGCCUGUAGUUAUUUUAUUUCCAGCUUGGGUUUGGAAAUUUGCCACAAAUGUGAGAUACACAUAAAAAUACAUUAUUUAAUGUACUUAUUGCAAAAAAUCUGGCCAAUUGAGCGAAUUUUAAUGCGUAAUGCGAAGUGCAUUUGAGGAGAUUUGGAGACGGAGUCAAAUAUGGCUGAGAUUUUAACGCAUAAUUUUGGAGAUUUUACUUUAAAUAAAGUGCAAUAAGGUAAGAAAUUGCGUGUAAAUUCCUCUACGAUAUUAGUAUUAAGGAAUAUUCUCAUUGUAAAGCGAUAUUUUUAACGUAUUGUGCACCCUGAACGCAUUAAAACAUAUACUUUCUGUUGUUGUUCUCGUCGACUGCCUUGUCAAAAUAUGGCAGAUAGCAAACACAAGUCUGACUUGUGUAUUAAAUACAGCAAACACACUCGCAUAAUGGAUAUUUAAGUCGUCCUGUUAACGUGUUUUAUGUAAAGGAAAGUUGAUUUAAAAUCUGACAAAAAUCAUUGAUUUUCAUGAAGAUGUUAAUAGCAUUUGUCUCGAGACGUCUGUGACAAUCUGUUACAUGAUGUUUAUAUAAUUAUAAUGUUGCAUAAAUAAAAUUGAUUUGAUACACUUGUAGUUUUGGGGAUAAAUAUUAAGAUUUUCGAUAAACUUAGUCGUUUUAGUGAGAACUAGGCUAUUGUUUAGUUAUUUUUGCGAAAAUAUAGGAGUUAAAUUCGUGUUUGUGGCAAUUGCUUUCAUGUACUGCAGUAUGUAUUUGCAUGUAUUGUCAUUCUAUUUUGUGUAUUUGGAUCGGCCUAUAUCGGCUGUAAUCUUUUGAAUUAUUGCCAACAUUUUUGCAAACAAAGUAUUAGAAGUUAUACAUUUAAAGCACAUAAGUCAACUGGUCUUUAAUUUUAAUAAUUUGCUUUUGUCAACAAUCAGGUUAUACAUAUCUAUGUUAUGUAUUUUAAUCAAUUCAUAUGCAUAGUAAAUUUCUAAAGUAAAAGUCAUUUUUCCCAGAAAAUCGAUACAAUGAACAGUUAUAACAAAUUCCUGCAGUUAUCCAGGAAAAGUUUCCUGUAGCUUCUUGGAAAAUUAAGGGUCAAGGGCAUCUGGAUCUGACUAAUUUUCUUGGCAAGCUCUAUGUCUGCCAGUUGAUUUUCUCCCAGACAAUUGACUUUGUUUGCCUUAAAUCUAAUAUUCAGAUUUGCAUACAUAUCCUAACAUUUAGCCAAUCUAUUAAAUUAUUUACUAACUACAUUUUAAUUAGAAGCCAUCGCUACUAAUUUAUAUGUGCUGGGAGUAUGGUUUUCUGUGCCAAAGGUCACAGUGAGUUAUAAAUUUUGAAUGAAUGAAUGUGUGCUUUCCUAGUUUCUAUCGACUUCAAGUUAUGGUAGUUGAAAGUUCACUAGGAACUUCUCAAUUUGCUCAUUCUCAAGUUCAACCUGCUUUGGCUGCUUGUGUAAACAUGGGUUUUCAGGGGGGAGGUGAUCAAUCAAUCAAUCAAACAAGGUCUGUUUCUUAGAUGUUUGACGAUAUUUGUUUCUUUUUAGGAAAAGCAAAUGGCAAACUUAUUCUUUGUGCACGAAGGAGAACUAUUACACCAAGCAUCCAUCUACGAUAAAGAUGAGUUUCUUCUUUCACUGUUGUCAGAAAAAGGCAAUGGUGAUUCAAACAGCAAGGACAACCAUGGCAGAUCACCUGUUCACACUGCGGCACAACAUGGCAGUGAGAAAUGUCUCAAAAUAUUGCUAGAAUGUGGAGGUACGCCCAUUGUUGAAUGUGGUUCUACAUGUUCAGAACAUGGCAGUUACCGUAACACUGAUUAUUUUCCCUUCCUUGUCAGGAAAUCCGAAUUUGGUGUCAGCUCCUUCAGACCAUUGUUCU